AUGGUGACGUACAUGAAGAUACCAAGUGUAGCUGUGGCCAGUGCACGUGUAACAUUGCAACACAGCUCCCUGCGUGAACAAUUACUGGCAAGAGAACCACUGCCAUCUAUAGAUGUGGCUUAUCAAGCUGUGCCGAGAAGGGCACUCACAGGAAGGGUGUUUUCAGCGAUUGGAUACCCGGAAUGGUGGGGUGACAGACAAAGAGGUGGAAGAGGAUAUGGUCGAGGAGGCCGAACUGGUGGUAGAGCUGGUGGUAGGACGUGCUGGUGCCGGUUUGUGAACAGCAGAGGAGGUAGAGGACAAGACAAUAUACGUGCGCAUAAUUUGAACAUCUCGGCAGCAACAUCAUCUCAUCCUGCCACUGGAUCUUCAGGAGAUGCAUCAGGACUGACAGGCGUGACUGCAAGUCAAGUUCAGCAGGUUCUUGAAUAUUUAAAUUCAAGAAAAAUCAGUUCCCAGCUCCAAGUAUUGAACCUCUAUAGGAAAGAAAUUGCCAUGAAUUCGAGAGAUAAUUUUUUGUUGAAUAUAUUGCAGUCAAUGGGUCAAGCUAUUAUUAUAUUUGAUGCCACUGGUACGGUGACUUACUGGAAUCGAUCAGCUGAGAACCUUUAUGGUUAUUCUGCUUCAGAAGCCCUUGGUCAGGAUGUCCUUGACCUCGUUGUGGUAAGAGAAGCCAGAGAAGACGCGAUGCAUAUAUUUCGCAAGAAUGCCUCAGCCGAGAACUGGACAGGGACAUUCCAAGUUAAGAAUAAACAAGGGGAACCGAUUUUUGUCCAUAUAACAAUUACUCCCCUCUAUGAUGACAAUGGUACUAUUGUUGGGAUCAUAUGUGUAUCUGUUGAUGCACGGGACUUUCUCCAAACACCACCAGUUUCAUCUUCGAAGGUCAAUUCCAACUCUAGUCAUCUGACAUCUAAACCUGAUCAUAAUGAUGAUUCUCAACAACCUCUGCAAGUUGUAGUUAGUUCGUGCGGAGCUUGCAAGCUUACAGGAGAUGGAGACGUACCUUUUAAAGCUCCCCCAGUGGAAAAACUCUCUGGAAGAAAAUUCGGAGGAUAUGGUGAGAAGGGUGAAACCAAGACUGAGAUUCACAAGAACAAUAAUUCAACAGAAGUGGCUAGCAUUAGCAAGAAAAACAUAUCUUCAUGGCCACGGAUAGAAAGUCAACAUGAUGGGUUAGCAAGGACUAGACAUCACCAGAGCUUUGCCUGCAUGAGAGAUGAACAAGAAAAUGACUUUGUUCGGCCAAAGACUUCAUUGUCGUCCUGCGGAAAACCAAAAGUCCAGGUUCUGGGAAGUAAUAACCAAUUUGAAAAUGAGGCAAAUUUCUGUUCUAACGAAACGCAUUCAUCGGAUUAUGACAUCAUGAAUGUGUUUGGCUUUUUAAUAUGCCGUUUUGCUGAUCUGAUCAAUGAAUUGCUGAUUGAUGCUCUCAGGUUCACCGUUCAUGUGGAACUGUAUAUCGUGGACGUUGCUCUGAAGGUAUUUUUUAAAUUCGAGUGCUCAGAUGACCUACUACAAUCUUUCAGACAAGAGGUGUUUCUUAUGAAGAAGCUCCGUCAUCCAAAUCUAUUACUCUUUAUGGGGGCUGUAACUUCACCUCACCUAUGCAUUGUCACACAGUUCCUGCCACGUGGAAGUUUGUUUCAGUUGCUUCAUCACAGCACUUGUAAAAUAGAUUGGAGGCGGCGUGUACUCAUGGCUUUAGACAUUGCACGAGGAAUGAGUUAUCUUCAUCAUUGCAACCCACCAAUUGUCCAUUGUGAUUUGAAAUCAUCAAAUCUGUUGGUUGAUAAAAAUUGGACAGUGAAGGUCGGUGAUUUCGGUCUUUCAAGAAUCAAACAUGCAACGUACCUCUCUAUGAUGUCCGGAAACGGAACACCUCAGUGGAUGGCUCCAGAGAUUAUCCGUAACGAUCCUACAGAUGAGAAGUCUGAUGUGUAUAGUUUUGGAGUAGUACUGUGGGAGCUUGCUACGUCAAAGAUCCCUUGGGAUACCCUCGACUCAUUCCAGGUGAUUGGAGUUGUAGGAUUCAUGGACCAACGACUUGAGAUUCCAAAGGAUACAGACCCAAACUGGACAUCUUUAAUUGAAAGUUGUUGGCAGAGCGAGCCAAAAUGCCGACCAACAUCCAAUGAAUUACAAGAAAAGCUGAAAGCUAUGCAAAAACGAUGGUCUGUUCGAAAGCCGACAUCAAAGACCCGCUUAGCCAGGGUUAAUGAUGCAGUACCACAAUGUUGAUUAGCACUACUGGAAUCCAAAUGAAGAAGAGGAGGUAAAGUAAACUAGCAACAGAAGUUUAUGGUGGAUGCAUGGCCGUAUAGCAAAGGCUAGGCGAGCUAGCGAACCGCCUAGACCCCCAAAUUUAAGGGCUCAAAUCGUAGCAUUGGUUUCCAGUAGUUCUGGUAAAUUGAAUUAUGGGCUUAUUAUUAACAACCCAAUAAGGUUUAUCAUUUAUUACUAUUAUUAUAGGCCCAAGAUCUAUUUUUGAGUGGAUUUUUAAUUAAUUUUUUUUUAAAUUACGUUCUUAAUAUAUAUACAUUUUUUUUUUCU